AUGACCACCACCGCGUUUGCGACCAAAACCGGGUCUUUCCUCUCCUCUUUGAAACAUGCAGUUCAAAUCGUCUCUCUGGCGCACGUGUUCAACGAAAACGUCUUCGAAGUGACCGCGUGCGUCGGUCCGAGCAUGUUGCCGACGUUUAACCGCUUCGGGGAUAUCGUCCUCGUGGACAGACGAAUCGAUGUCGGGAAAGGCGACGUGGUCGUCUCUCGGUCGCCGACGAAUCCGAAACACAUGGUGUGUAAACGCGUCGUCGCCGUGGGAGGUGAGAGAGUGGAAAAGAAAGCGAGCGCGAGCGACGUUUCGAAUCAUCGACAGAGGAGAGAGGACUCGGAGGAGUUGUUCUUGGACGGCGAAGGGUGGAGCGGCUAUCGGAAGUGGGACGAGAUCAACAAAAAGACAAAGAAAAACAAAGAGUACGUGACGGUUCCGGAUGGACACGUGUGGUUGCAAGGGGAUAACGAAGGGAACUCGACGGAUUCGAGAGAUUACGGUGCGGUACCGAUGGAGAUGUUGCGAGGUCGCGUGUUCGCGAAAGUGUGGCCGAUGCGCGAGCGCGGUUGGGUGGAAAGAGACGAACGGUACGCGUUGAGAGAUGAGAAAGAGUAG